UGCAGGUUGUUACUACUCUGUCCACCAAAGCCCAGCUGGUCUGGUCAGCCUAUUAGGACAUGAUUAGGAGGGCAUCCUGGACACAGAGGAGUUUUGGCAAAGUUUCCACCCCUAGGCUUGCCGUAUAUAUUGCGCCUCUCGUGCCACCCAAAACAGACUGGCACAAUCAGGAGCUGCCCAGGUCACUAUGGCAACGGACCACCAGAACCCUGCAUCCAAGCAACAGCAAGCGGGAACCAGUGCUUUUAAGCUGAUCAUCUACGAACAGGAGAACUUCCAGGGCAGAUGCCAUGAGCUGACUGGGCCCUGUAACAAUCUCCAAGAGGCGGGUGUGGAGAAAGUGGGCUCGAUACUGGUGCUGUGUGGACCAUGGGUUGGAUAUGAACAGCCUGGCUGCAAGGGGGAGCAGUAUGUGUUUGAGAAGGGCGAGUAUCCUCGCUGGGACUGCUGGACCAACAGCAGGCGCAGUGACACCGUCUUCGCCUUCCGCCCCAUCAAAGUGGACAGCCAGGAACACAAGAUCGUGCUCUAUGAAAACCCCGCUUUCGCGGGGAAGAAGAUCGAGAUCAUAGACGAUGAUGUUCCCAGCUUCCACGCGCAUGGGUACCACGAGAAGGUCUCCUCCGUGAGGGUCGCGAGUGGAACCUGGGUGGGCUACCAGUAUCCAGGAUACAGAGGCUACCAGUACCUGUUUGAGAAGGGCGAGUACAAGGACAGCUCUGAGUUUGGAGCUCAGCAGGCUCAGAUCCAGUCUGUGAGGCGCGUUCGGGACAUGCAGUGGCACCAGAGGGGCGCCUUCCACCCCGCUAUCUGAGCUUCUGACCCCCCCACCCCCAACUACCUCCCCACGCUUCAAAACAACCUGCUCCCGCACCCCUCCCUGCCCCGCCUUAACACCUUUACUCCUGAACACCUGCAUCCUUCCCACAGCCUAACAUCACCCCACCCACCCUCCCUCCUUAACCCCCAACAACUACUACCACUUUUUGCCUCUUUGAUGCUGAAUUCCUUUGAUUCCAUCGCCAUUGUGAUAUCUUUGCUACUGCAUGCGAAUAAAUGAUUUUGCAUUACGA